UACAAACACACACACACUCUACUGUAUCUCUUCUUCUCCAUCUCUCUCUCCAACUCUCUCUCUCUGUGUAUAUACUUUCAUUUCAGUCCAAGUACUUUCCAUGACCACAUCAAGUAAAUUCUGAUAGAACCAAAGGUUUAACAGUUCAACAAGUGAUCUCUGUAUACAGAUCCAAAAUAGCUUUCUUUCCCUCACAUUAUUAAUUUUCUUUAUCUUCUCAAUUGAAGACUUUACAACAUUGCGAGAGUUAUUGAGGAAGAGUUUCUUCAGUAUCUGAUUUAUCUUUUUUUCCUUGAAACAUCACAGGACAAGAAGACGGAGGAGCACACGAGGAGAACGGGGGAGUCCAAGAUGUUCAAGGCCGUCCUGAAGAAAGGAAAAGGUGGAGGAGGGAGGGGGGACAAGAAAGACACAGAUAUGGAGUACUACACUCAGAGCGGUCAGUUUGGAGGAUCCGCGCGGGCCUCUCCCUCUCGUGGCGUGUCCCCCUCCUCGCCCCUGCAGCCGUACCCCGUGGACGAGGCGGGGAGACUGGGUCUGACCCGCGGGGUGUCCCUCUCACUGCCCUCCUCCCCACUGCUGCCCCCACGCCAGCCCUACAUCACCCCACUCCGCGCCAGCAAGAAGUCCCCAGGUCCGCUCAGGAAGCCCAAGUAUGUGGAGAGUCCUCGGCUUCCCGGAGAUGCUCUUGCAACAGCACUGAAAACCAAAGAGCUGUACCACAAUGAGCCCUGCUCCUCCCUGGCGGCUCAGGAGCUCAUGACACGUUUGGGUUUCCUGCUGGGAGAGCGCAUCCCUGGCUCGCCACGCGUUCCCAUGGAAGACCGGAGCCUGAAGAAGUGUGUAGUGACCAGUCAAGGCGUGAGUCCGUGCUCCACGCUGACCAGCAGCACGGCGUCCCCCAGCACCACGGACAGCCCCUGCUCCACCCUGCCCAGCUCAGGCCAGCCGGCCGCCUGCACGUCCCUCACCUCCCCCAGCUCCACCCUCGAGAGCAAGGACAGCGGCAUCAUCGCGACAGUGACCAGCUCGUCUGAGAAUGAAGACCGGAGCGGUUCCAGUCUGGAGUGGAGUAAAGAUGGCAGCCUGAGCGUCCGAGACACCACCACCACCACCACGACCACCACCACCACCAACAACAGCAUCAGCAGUGGCUGCCCUGGCACAGGCGCAGGCAAUGCCAGUGUGCAUCAUGCCUCAGCCCCGCCACCCGCGCCCUGCUCACCCAUCACCGAGGACGGCCCUAACACCACACCUGGCAACGCUCCAUCCACCAGACCCGGACCGGCGCCCUCACCUGCCGGCCCGCCCACAGACACACCCAUGCCCGCGUCCGCAGCCUAUCACAGUGGCUCCCUUGUGAUGCCCCGCCCGAACUCAGUCGCAGCGACGAGCUCCACUAAGCUGGAGGAUCUGGUGUAUCUGGAUGAGCAGAGGAACGCUCCCCACUGCUCCUCCAUGCGCCUCCCCUGGCAUGGCUCACACACUGGCGGCCGCGCUCAGGAGGGCAAAGCCCGCUUCACUCCUUACAAGCCCGCAGAGAUUAUGCUGAAGCCACUCCUAUUCGAGGUGCCCAGUGUUACCAUGGAUACGGUGUUUGUGGGCCGUGAUUGGCUGUUCCAGCAGCUGGAGGAUGGGCUGCAGGGAGAGGGUGAGAGCGGGAAGGGCCGCGGGGCAGUCAUCUUGGGCAACGUGGGUUUCGGCAAGACGGCCAUCGUGUCCAGGCUGGUGGCCCUCAGUUGCCAUGGCGGCAGGAUGAGACAGAUUGCCUCCACCAGCCCUGGGGCAUCGCCUAAGAGUGGGAAUCUCAGUGGGGCUCCAUCACUCAGUCACUCGGCCAAUCAGGGCACAACCUCUGCCUCUGGCACCGCCCACAGUACCCCCCUCAGGAGCAGCAGUUGCCCAGGCACUCCAGAACUGCAGAGACACCGAGAGGAGGCAGCUAAACGACUGGCCAGCAAGGUGGUGGCCUACCACUACUGCCAGGCCGAUAACACCUACACGUGCCUGGUCCCCGAGUUUGUGCACAGCGUGGCCGCGCUGCUGUGCCGCUCUCCGCAGCUGGGCGCCUACAGGGAGCAGCUCCUACGGGAGCCGCAGCUCCAGGGCCUCCUCAGCCUGCGCUCCUGCGUGCAGGACCCCGUGGCCGCCUUCAGACGGGGCGUGCUGGAGCCACUGGCCAACCUGAGGAAAGAAAGGAAGAUUGCGGAGGAGGAUUACAUCAUCCUGGUGGACGGUCUGAACGAGGCCGAGUUCCACAAGCCAGACUACGGUGACACCAUCGCCUCCUUCCUCACCAAGGUCAUCUCCAAGUUCCCUUCCUGGCUCAAGCUGGUGGUCACGGUCAGGAUCAGUCACGUGGAGGUCACUAGCCUGCUGCCCUUCCCCAAGAUCUCCUUGGAUGAUGUCCACAGCAACAAGGAUCUUGCUGCUGACCUGAGCACCUAUGUGCUCCAGCGUAUGGACGCCAGCCCCUCCAUUGGCGCCAACGUGGCAUCCAACGGGCGCUCCGACCCCUCGUCCACCUCUUCCUCCUCCUCCUCCUCAACCUCCCGCCUGGCCACUCACCUGGUCGGCCGCAGCCAGGGCUCCUUCCUCUACCUGAAGCUGGCACUGGACCUUUUUGAGCGCGGACACCUGGUCACCAAGAGCUCCAGCUUCAAGGUGGUGCCCGUCUCGCUGUCCGAGCUCUACCUGCUCCAGUGCAACCUGCGCUUCUGCGGCGGCACGGCAGCCUUCCAGCGGGUGGCGCCGGUGCUGAGCGUGGCACUGGCAUCACUGCACCCGCUCUCGGACGAGCAGCUAUUCCGGGCGCUGAACGCUGGGCAGGCGCGCGGCUCCAUGGACUGGGCCGACUUCCAGCAGCGCAUGGAGACGCUGGCGCCGUUCCUGGUGGUGCGGCGGGACCGCACGCGCAUGUUCUGCCACCCGUCCUUCCGCGAGUGGUUGGUGUGGAGGGCCGACGGUGAGAGCACGGACUUCCUGUGCGACCCCAGGAGUGGUCAUGCCCUCAUGGCCUUCAUGCUGUCUCGCCAGGAGGGCAAACUCAACCGCCAGCAAACCAUGGAGCUGGGCCACCACAUCCUUAAAGCCCACAUAUUUAAGGGCCUGAGUAAGAAGACGGGCGUGUCCUCCAGUGUGCUGCAGGCUCUGUGGGUGAGCUGUAGUACUGAUGGCCUCUCUGCUGCCCUGGGCUCCCUCAGGAACCUCUACACACCCAAUGUCAAGGUGAGUCGUCUGUUGAUCCUGGGUGGGGCGAACGUGUGCUACCGGACGGAGGUGCAUGGCGGCUCCACGGUGCUGUGUGUGCAGGCCCACCUGGGUCACCUGGAGAUGGUGGCUCUGCUCCUGGAAUUCGGGGCGCCCGUGGACGGGGUGGCGGAGAGCGGCAUGACCCCCCUCUGUUACGCCUCUGCCGCUGGACACCAGGAGGUGGUCACCCUGCUCUGCAAGAAAGGAGCGAAGGUGGAGCAUGUGGAUAAGAGUGGCCAGUGUGCGCUGGUCCAUGCCGCUCUCAGGGGUCACCCUGACAUCAUACGGUUCCUCCUGGAGCAGCCCUGGGCCCCAUCUGACCCUCAGGAGCCCACCGGCCCCCGGACUAAGGCCCUGCAGCAGGCCCUCAUAGCAGCGUCCAGCAUGGGACACACCCCGGUGGUGAAGAGCUUGCUGGCCAUGACUGAGGAUGACCUGAGAGUUCAGAUUGAUGGAUAUGACUCUCUGUGGGGAGAGACCGCUCUCACUGCAGCAGCAGGCCGAGGCAAACUGGAUGGCUGCUCAUUCUUGUUGGACCAGGGCGCCUCGGUAACGCAACCCAACCGCAGGGGGGUGUCGCCCAUUUUCAACGCCGUCAGAUACGGACACGCACAGGUGGUGGAGCUAUUGUUGCAGCAUGGAGCCGACGUGGGCACCAGUGACAAACAUGGCCGCUCACCGCUGAUGGUGGCGGCCAGCGAGGGCCACCUGGGCACUGCCAACUUCCUGCUGGACAAAGGAGCAUCUCUGACAGUGGUGGACAAGGAGGGGCUGACUGCUCUGAGCUGGGCCUGUCUGAAGGGCCACAGGAGUGUGGUCCAGUCACUGGUGGAGAGGGGCGCUGCCAUCGACCACACCGACAAGAACGGACGCACUCCACUUGACCUGGCCGCCUUCUAUGGGGACGCUGAGAUUGUGCACUUCCUGGUAGAGCGCGGUGCCGUCAUUGAGCACAUGGACUACAGCGGCAUGCGUCCGUUGGACCGGGCGAUAGGCAGCCGCAACACGUCUGUGGUGGUCACCCUCCUCAAGAAGGGAGCGAAGCUGGGGAAUGCAGCCUGGGCGAUGGCCACGUCCAAGCCUGACAUCCUCAUCAUUCUGCUGCAGAAGCUGAUGGAGGAGGGGAACCUGCUCUAUAAGAGGGGAAAGAUGAAGGAGGCGGCUCAGAGGUAUCAGUACGCCCUGAGGAAGUUUCCUCGGGACGGCUUUGGUGAUGACCUCAAGGCCUUCAGAGAGCUCCGGGUCUCCCUCUACCUCAACCUGUCCCGCUGUCGCCGCAAAACCAAUGACUUUGGCAUGGCAGAGGAGUUUGCCACGAAAGCCCUGGAGCUGAAGCCCAAAUCAUACGAGGCCUUCUAUGCCCGGGCACGAGCCAAGAGAAGCAGCAGGCAGUUUGCUGCGGCGCUGUCGGACCUGUACGAGGCGUCACGCCUCUGCCCCAGCAACCGGGAGAUCAGCCGCCUGCUGGCCCGCGUGGAGGAGGAAUGCAGGCAGCUGCAGCGCCCCGGGGGCAAAGGUCAGCUGCCACUCAAGCACGAGUCCGAUCACGAGGACGAGGACGAUGACGAGGACGAAGAGGACGAGGAUGAGGGAGAGGAUGGCGAGGAGGAGGAGGGCCACGGCCUGCUGGGACGGCGGCUGGAUGAAGGGGAGGAGAACGUGUACGACAACGCGGGGGAGGAGCGCAGGAGGAAACAGGAAGUGUGGCGUAAACAACAACAACAACAACAACAACAACAACAACAGCAGCAGCAACAACAUCAGGGUCGCUACCCGUUAACACGCACACUGCCUGGCGAGCUCACUCAUGGGCAUGCUCUGCCAGAGCCCUCUGCUGCCCCGCGGCGCCAGAGCCAGAGGGCCAAGAGUGGGACCCGCUGUGGGUCAGUGGGGGGGAAGAGCGCCCCUCAGUGUGGGUCGUCCAGCCCGCUGCCCAGCCGACACCUGCCCACAGGACUCAAAGCGGGGCCCUGCAUCCACAUCGGCCCCGGGGUCCCCGAGGAGCCUCCUGAGCGCAAGCCUUACUGCUGCCCCUCCUCGGCUGACGCCAUGCCAGUGUCCGGCAGCGUCGCCCGGGUAACAGAGCGCCUGGAGAUGGCCGCGUGCGGCGCGGGGGAGGGGGACGGUGGCGCCGGAGGAAACGUGCGCAUGUCCAGCUCCUCCAGCAGCUUGGCGUCCAGCGGGGUGCUCUCAGACGGCGGACGCAACAGGAGCCCGGCGGCUGACAAGAUGGCCGUCUCCCCUAGCGAGAGCGGUGGCAUCGCCGCCUGGCAAGAGAGCGGCAGCGGCGGCACAACAGGCGAGCACAAGCCACGCCCCUUCAUGGGUGUCAUAGACAAGACGGCCCGUUUCCAGCAGCAACUUCUACUACAGCAACAACAACAACAACUGCAGCAGCAGCAGCAGCCACGGCACCACGGCAACGGGCGCAGCUGGCUCGGCUACCCAGCCGAGAGCUACAUCGGGCACACGUCGGGCGGCCAGGCGCCACCAGGCAUGAACUGCGAUUUGGCCUACUCGUCUCAAACAGGAAGCACUUACCACGAGCACCCGUACCCGCACACGGCUGGCCUGCACAACGGCUCCCACGCCCACGGACCCGGCGACCAGCACCCGGCCCUGCAGCAGCACUACAGCAACGAGAGCAAGCUGAAGCAGGCCAGCCUGGCCCGCGACAACCCCAUCCACAUGAGCUCCAUCAAGCCCAAACGCUCCUUCAUCGAGUCCAACGUGUGACCUGCCCCCGGGCUAUCUGCCAGCUUUGCACCAGCUAGAACAGGCUGGCCACACCUUGUCUGGUCACACACAUCUCUGUUCGCUUGUAAUCAGCAUAGUACUCUUUUUGGUCAAAAGGAACGUUCCUCAACCAAUUGAAACUGUACAUGGAUAUAAUUGCUUCAAAAUCUGUCAAUAUACAACAAAAUGGAACAAUUGUACAUGGAUAUAUUUCUGUAUCUGUAUCUUACAAUGGACAUCGAAAUGCAACGGCUGUGCAUGGAUAUAUUUCUAUUGCCGAAUUAACCACAAAAUGGAACUGUUGUAUAUACCCAAGGCGCUCAUGAAGGCUACAAAAUCUCAGAGCCGUUGUGCUCGUUAAGAUUCUAGAUCAGUGUUCUAAAAGUGAAGAGGGGUUUUAGACAUACCCACUGAGAUGUCUGUUACAGUUCAGAGAACAGAAAAUAGCUGGACAGCGCUGGACUAUGCUACGCCAUCUCUCACAGUGUGACAAGGCUUUUGCUGCAAUAGUUAAAUACAAAACAGCCAUUGAACCCUACCACGACAAAAUUAACAGAACUAUAAUAAAGUAUUAUUAUUAUUAAUAAUGUUAAUUUUUAAGAAACAGCCUAAGAGUUUAAACUCUAUCUUAGUAAUUAGAAUUACAGAAUGAAUGUCUAUUAUAUGGGCAUUCUAGUAUUCUAAGGAUAUUUAAAACCUGUAUAUAUUUGUACUCAGUUUGCUUCUUGUUAAUGUGUAAGAAUGCUUCUGUGUGUGUGUGUGUGUGUGUGAUGGGGAUGAUACUGAACAGUCCCUUUGUACAUUGUAUAAAUAGCCUCAUAUUCUCUACUUCCUGCUUGUCGCCACCUGGUUUAUUUAUUUACUGCGCCUAUGGCUUCGUCAAUUGUAAAAGCAAUAUAUUUUAUAUAUAUUAGUUAUUUUUGCACAGCGGUUAUAUUACAGAGAUGUUUUCCUAUUUAAAAGUAUAUAAAUAUAUACUACAAUGCUUUAAUGAAGACUCCUUGGAUUUACGCACGUCAGAAUUGCAGUUUAUAAAGUUGCCGUUUUCAGAUUGAUACUCCAGAGUGGGGAGGUAUUUGAUGGUAGUGCAUCAUGUAUCCUGUCUGCAGUAGUAGCCAUGUUUAAGAUAAUCCUUAAAUGUACUGGAACACCAUCAUAUAGUUCUAAUAAACCCCACUUCUAUCUCA